AUGAGCACCAUGCGGCUGCUGCUGCUCGCCCUGCUCUUCUCCUCCUCUUUCGCACGCGCCGGCUGCGACCCCAAGAUCGUCAAUAUCGGCGCGGUGCUGAGCACCAAGAAGCACGAGCAGAUCUUCCGCGAGGCGGUGAACCAGGCCAACAAGCGGCACGGUACCUGGAAGCUGCAGCUCAACGCCACCUCGGUCACGCACAAACCCAACGCCAUUCAGAUGGCUCUCUCCGUCUGCGAGGACCUCAUCUCCAGCCAGGUCUAUGCAAUAUUAGUUAGUCACCCACCUGCUCCCAACGAUCACCUAACACCAACACCCGUAUCAUACACAGCUGGCUUCUACAGGAUCCCUGUCAUUGGUCUGACAACACGCAUGUCUAUAUAUUCUGAUAAGAGCAUCCACCUGUCCUUUUUGCGCACGGUCCCACCAUACUCUCACCAGGCCAACGUCUGGUUUGAGAUGAUGAGAGUCUUCAACUGGAAUCACGUCAUUCUGAUAGUCAGCGACGACCACGAAGGUCGUGCUGCACAAAAGAAGCUGGAGACCCUCUUGGAGGAGAGAGAGUCCAAGGCUGAGAAAGUGCUGCAGUUUGACCCCGGGACCAAAAACGUGACAUCGCUGCUGCUGGAAGCUAAAGAGCUGGAGGCUCGUGUCAUCAUCCUCUCCGCCAGUGAGGAUGAUGCGGCAACAGUGUACAGAUCAGCAGCCAUGCUCAAUAUGACGGGCUCCGGCUACGUGUGGCUGGUGGGGGAACGGGAGAUUUCGGGCAAUGCCCUGCGCUACGCCCCUGAUGGAGUCAUCGGCUUGCAGCUCAUCAAUGGGAAAAAUGAGUCAGCCCACAUAAGUGACGCGGUGGCGGUGGUGGCCCAGGCUGUGCAUGACUUGUUUGAGAAGGAGAACAUCACCGACCCACCACGGGGCUGUGUGGGCAACACCAACAUCUGGAAGACAGGGCCCCUUUUCAAGAGGGUGUUAAUGUCCUCCAAGUAUUCAGAGGGUGUCACCGGACGGGUAGAAUUCAAUGAGGACGGGGACAGGAAGUUUGCCAAUUACAGCAUCAUGAACCUGCAGAACCGCAAACUGGUCCAGGUUGGGAUUUACAACGGUAGCAAUGUCUUGACCAACGACCGGAAGAUAAUCUGGCCAGGGGGAGAAACUGAGAAACCUCAAGGCUAUCAGAUGUCGACCAAAUUGAAGAUUGUAACGAUUCACCAAGAGCCCUUUGUGUAUGUGAAGCCCACACAAGCAGAUGGGACGUGCAGGGAGGAAUUCACCAUCAAUGGUGACCCUGUCAAAAAGGUCUUUUGCACAGGGCCCAACGAGACCAUCCCAGGCCGGCCCACUGUGGCACUGUGUUGCUACGGCUUCUGCAUCGACCUGCUCAUCCGCCUGGCUGGUGUGAUGAACUUCACCUACGAGGUUCAUCUGGUGGCUGAUGGUAAAUUUGGUACGCAAGAGCGGGUGAACAACAGCAACAAGAAGGAGUGGAAUGGGAUGAUGGGGGAGUUGCUGAGCGGCCAGGCAGAUAUGAUUGUGGCUCCCCUCACCAUCAACAAUGAGCGGGCACAGUACAUCGAGUUCUCCAAGCCCUUCAAGUACCAGGGUCUCACCAUCCUUGUGAAGAAGGAAAUCCCCCGCAGCACCCUGGAUUCAUUCAUGCAGCCCUUCCAGAGUACACUCUGGCUGCUGGUGGGGCUGUCUGUGCACGUGGUGGCAGUGAUGCUGUACCUUCUAGAUCGAUUCAGCCCAUUUGGACGGUUCAAAGUGAACAGCGAGGAGGAGGAGGAAGAUGCACUAACACUCUCCUCAGCCAUGUGGUUCUCCUGGGGAGUCCUGCUGAACUCUGGCAUUGGAGAAGGUGCUCCCCGGAGUUUCUCUGCUCGUAUUCUGGGCAUGGUGUGGGCUGGCUUUGCUAUGAUCAUUGUGGCUUCCUAUACUGCCAACCUGGCUGCCUUCCUGGUGUUGGACCGCCCUGAGGAGAGAAUUACAGGCAUCAAUGACCCCCGGCUGCGCAACCCCUCCGAUAAGUUCAUUUACGCCACGGUGAAGCAGAGCUCGGUGGACAUCUACUUCCGACGGCAGGUGGAGCUGAGCACCAUGUACCGGCACAUGGAGAAACACAACUAUGAGAGUGCAGCCGAAGCCAUCCAGGCUGUGCGAGACAACAAGCUCCACGCCUUCAUCUGGGACUCAGCAGUGCUGGAGUUUGAAGCCUCACAGAAGUGUGACCUGGUGACAACAGGGGAACUUUUCUUCCGCUCCGGCUUUGGGAUUGGGAUGCGCAAGGACAGCCCGUGGAAACAGAACGUCUCGCUGGCCAUCCUCAAGUCCCACGAGAACGGCUUCAUGGAGGAUUUGGACAAGACUUGGGUGAGGUAUCAGGAGUGUGAUUCCCGUAGCAAUGCCCCAGCAACACUCACCUUUGAAAAUAUGGCAGGUGUGUUUAUGCUGGUGGCUGGAGGUAUUGUUGCCGGGAUAUUUUUAAUAUUCAUAGAAAUAGCUUACAAAAGGCAUAAGGACGCGCGGAGGAAGCAGAUGCAGCUGGCGUUUGCGGCCGUUAAUGUGUGGAGGAAAAACCUGCAGGAUAGAAAAAGUGGUAGAGCAGAACCUGACCCUAAAAAGAAAGCCACUUUUAGGUCCAUCACCUCCACCCUGGCCUCCAGCUUCAAGAGACGUAGGUCCUCCAAGGAUACGCCCUGCAGAAUGGUCCCUCAGGAGUGCCAGAGAGACAGGCUGGCACCAUGGAGCCAAGACAGCCCCGGGAAGCUGCCACCCCACUCUGAACGUCCUAGCGCCCACCAUCACCCGAGCUGCACAGCCUCUCCGCGGCACAUCAUCCCCACCGCCCCAGGAGGAGAUGCAUGUGUUCCCCAUAGGCAGCUCCUGCAACUCGAAUAG